GCGAUGCUUUAUAAGCUCUGGCCACACGUUGAGCAGCACUCAGUUGGCCAACGGUUGCCAGAGCGGGAACAGCUAGACUAAAUUGUAAUUAUACAAUCUAACAAUUUAGUGCAUACACUUUAACAAACGGAACUUAAACUCGGCAAAAAAAAUAAUACAGUGCAAAUAAUUAAAGAUCGAUAUGGAAGCGCCCGAAUUCAGAGAUUUUGCCAAAUCGAUGGUUGAUUAUAUAGCCGAUUACCUGGAAAAUAUACGAGACAGACGCGUGUUGCCGGAGGUGAAGCCUGGUUACUUGCAGCCCUUGAUACCGGAUGCGGCGCCAGAGAAGCCAGAGGAUUGGCAGGAUGUGAUGAAGGACAUCGAGAGGGUCAUCAUGCCCGGCAUCACACACUGGCACAGUCCCAAGUUCCAUGCCUAUUUCCCCACGGCCAACUCCUAUCCGGCCAUUGUGGCGGAUAUGUUGAGUGGAGCAAUUGCUUGCAUUGGAUUCACUUGGAUUGCGAGUCCGGCGUGCACUGAACUCGAGGUGGUAAUGCUGGAUUGGCUGGGCAAGAUGUUGGAUCUGCCUGCUGAGUUUUUGGCCUGUUCCGGCGGGAAGGGCGGCGGCGUCAUCCAAGGAACAGCCAGUGAAUCAACCCUGGUGGCAUUACUGGGAGCUAAAGCGAAGAAAUUGCAGGAGGUGAAGGCAGAGCAUCCCGAGUGGGAUGAGCAUACGAUCAUUGGCAAACUGGUGGGCUAUGCCUCCGCCCAGUCACACUCCUCCGUGGAGCGGGCAGGUCUCCUGGGAGGCGUCAAGCUGCGUUCCGUGCCAGCGGAUGAGAACAAUCGUCUGCGUGGAGAUGCAUUGGAGAAGGCAAUCAAACAGGAUUUAGCUGAUGGCUUGAUACCCUUCUAUGCUGUGGUCACCUUGGGCACAACAAACUCCUGUGCCUUCGAUCGAUUGGAUGAAUGUGGCCCUGUGGCCAACAAGCAUAAUGUCUGGGUGCAUGUGGAUGCAGCUUAUGCCGGCUCCGCUUUCAUCUGUCCAGAGUAUCGUCAUCACAUGAAGGGCAUCGAGACCGCCGACUCCUUCAACUUUAAUCCACACAAAUGGAUGUUGGUCAACUUUGACUGCUCUGCCAUGUGGCUCAAGGAUCCCAGUUGGGUGGUGAAUGCCUUCAAUGUGGAUCCUCUGUAUUUAAAGCACGAUAUGCAGGGAUCUGCACCCGACUAUCGCCACUGGCAAAUCCCACUCGGCAGACGUUUCCGUGCCCUCAAACUCUGGUUCGUGUUGCGUCUGUAUGGUGUGGAGAAUCUCCAGGCGCACAUCCGACGUCAUUGCGGAUUUGCCACGCAGUUUGGUGAACUCUGUGUGGCGGAUGAACGCUUCGAGCUGGCUGCCGAAAUAAACAUGGGUCUGGUCUGCUUCCGCCUCAAGGGAACAAACGAAAGGAACGAGGCGCUGCUGAAGCGCAUCAAUGGGCGUGGCAAGAUACACAUGGUGCCGGCCAAGAUACGUGAUGUGUACUUCUUGCGCAUGGCCGUCUGCUCGAGAUUCACCCAGCCCGAGGACAUGGAGUACUCCUGGAACGAGGUCAGCGCUGCAGCCGAUGAAAUGGAGGCCGAGAAAUAGAUGAAGGACGGACAAACGAAGCUGACAUGCUUAGGGAAUUUUUCAUACAAAA